AGCGCGCUGAUGUUCUGCUCUCUCCAAGUUCGUUACUUUCUACCCCAGAACUCCAUUGUUUUCGUUUAUCCAUCUUGUAUGCAAAAUUUACUUGGGAAAUUUCUGGUUUUGUAUUCGUUUGCUAGCUUGUGCAAUAUGGCUCUUCUGUCUUCUUCUUUUUUCUGUUUCGUCUAUCCUUCAAGAGCUGUUUCUCUAUUCUCGAGCAGUGGCCCUUUAUGGAGUGGUCGUUUGUAUUCAACGUCUGUAGGUGGUACUGGUGGGUCUGACAUGGGUGAGUGGGGUUUGAAGGCAAAAGAAGCCCUCCAAAGUCUUGGGAAUGGUGUGAGUUCCACAGUGGCACUUUGCUCUGAAUGGCCUGCUGGUUUGUUAUCUGACCGCUCAAUAUUGAAGCCCGUACCUUAUGAAAAAAGCAUCUGGGGUGCUCUGGAGGAUCCCGUUCGGUAUCUCAUCACUUUUAUGGCCUUUACCCAAAUUGGGGCUAUGGUGGCGCCAACCAGCGUUGCAUCACAUUUCAUUUUGCCAGCUUGGAGGAGUGCCACUAUUCUCUCAUCUGUUUGGUUUCUACAGAGGUGGAAGACAAAUGCGAUCAGCAGAACCUUAGCAGGGAAGACCUUUGAGGCGGGUGAUCGAGACAGGUUGUUGACACUGGAGAAAGUGUCUUCUGUUGGUUUAUUUGCCAUUGGAUUGAUGGGGUUAGCUGAGGCAUGUGGGGUGCCUGUGCAAUCAAUUCUCACUGUGGGGGGCAUAGGAGGAGUUGCUAUUGCUAUUGCUGCGCGAGACGUCAUUGGAAAUGUUUUAAGUGGGCUUUCGUUACAGUUUUCAAGGCCUUUUUCUGUUGGAGAAAUGAUACGAGCUGGAUAUGUUGAAGGCCAAGUUGUAGAAAUGGGGAUGACAACAACGUCUCUGUUGACCGAAGAGAUGCUCCCUGUAACUGUUCCGAAUUCCUUGUUCACUAGCCAGGUACCAUGACUUGUUAUUGCUUAUGAAAAGAAAUAAAAAAAAAUAGAAAUAUUGGCAGAGGUUGCAUGUUUUAGUGAUUGGAAGGGGUGUUGGAGUUAUACAUAUAUAUAGGUUGUUGUGAACAAAUCACGGGCUCAAUGGCUGGCGAUGGUGACCAAAGUUGCAAUAAAAAUUGAUGACUUGG